CCCGAGGCCGGGCAUGAGGCGGGUUCCCGUCCCUCCGCCGCGGCCCCGGGCUCGGGCGGGCGCUGCGGGAGGCGCUGCGGGAGCACGGAGGGUUCGGGAAGCUGCUGGGGCGGCCGGGACAGGUGGGUCAAGUGCCCCCUGAAGUGGCUCCUGUUCCACUGGCUGGUGCCCCCUGAUCCAGGACAGCUCCAGUUGAACCAAGUCUUUUUACGGAUUUCCCAUUUCCAACCCUUGGCUGGAUGGAGAAGGCGGGUGCAAGGACGAGGAAGAUGCCACGGGACACCCAGGCAGACAAGGAGCUGCAGAUGGAGGCCAGGGAGGAGAAAUCCCCGUGGCAGAACCUUGUGGAAGAGGCCGUUUUGUGCAGCUCCACAGCACAGGAAUCAAAGGGGAAAGAAAAUCCCCGGAGACCCCACACAAGGAGGGGCUGCAAACGUAGAUUGCAGAGAUCUGAGGAGGAAAGACCCAACCUGGGCCAGGAAGGUGGCCAGAAAUCGGGCCAGAGCUUGGACCUUGUGGUCCAUGACCAGCUUCAUGAUGGGGACAAGCCCCACAAGUGCUUGGAGUGUGGGAAGAGCUUCAGCCGGAGCUCCAGCCUGAUUCAGCACCAGAGGACCCACACAGGGGAACGGCCAUUUGAGUGUGGGGAAUGUGGGAAGAGCUUCAGAGUCAGCUUCAGCCUGAUCCGCCACCAGAUUAUCCACACUGGAGAACAGCCCUACGAGUGUGGGGAAUGUGGGAAGAGCUUCAGCCGGAGCUCCACCCUGAUCCGUCACCAGGUGAUCCACACUGGGGAGAGGCCCUACGAGUGUGAUCAAUGCAGGAAGAGGUUUAAGCUCAGCUUUAGUCUCCUGGUGCACCAGCGCACGCACACCGAUGAGAAGCCCUUCCACUGCUCCGACUGUGGGAAGGGCUUCAGGCAAAACUCCCAUCUUGUCAGGCACCGGCGCAUCCACACUGGGGAACGGCCCCACGAGUGUGAGGAAUGUGGGAUGAACUUCAGCCGUCAUGAUGGGGACAAGCCCCACAAGUGCUUGGAGUGUGGGAAGAGCUUCAGCCGGAGCUCCAGCCUGAUUCAGCACCAGAGGACCCACACAGGGGAACGGCCAUUUGAGUGUGGGGAAUGUGGGAAGAGCUUCAGAGUCAGCUUCAGCCUGAUCCGCCACCAGAUUAUCCACACUGGAGAACAGCCCUACGAGUGUGGGGAAUGUGGGAAGAGCUUCAGCCGGAGCUCCACCCUGAUCCGUCACCAGGUGAUCCACACUGGGGAGAGGCCCUACGAGUGUGAUCAAUGCAGGAAGAGGUUUAAGCUCAGCUUUAGUCUCCUGGUGCACCAGCGCACGCACACCGAUGAGAAGCCCUUCCACUGCUCCGACUGUGGGAAGGGCUUCAGGCAAAACUCCCAUCUUGUCAGGCACCGGCGCAUCCACACUGGGGAACGGCCCCACGAGUGUGAGGAAUGUGGGAUGAACUUCAGCCGGAGCUCCCACCUGAUCCGCCACCAGAGGAUCCACACUGGGGAGCGGCCCUACGAGUGUGGGGAAUGUGGGAAGAGCUUCAGAGAGAGCACCAACCUGAUCCAGCACCGGAACAUCCACACUGGAGAAAGGCCCUACAAGUGUAGGGAAUGUGGGAAGGGUUUCAGCCAGCGUGCCAACCUGGUCCAGCACCAGAACAUCCACACCGGGGAGAGGCCCUAUAAGUGUUCAGAGUGUGGGAAGGGGUUUCGGAUCAGCUCACAUCUCCUCGUGCACCAUCGGAUUCACACAGAGGAGAGGCCCUUCCGCUGCCCCGACUGUGGGAAGGGCUUCAUGUACAACUCUCACCUCAUCAACCACCAACGGAUUCACUCAGACGAGAGGCCCUUCCGCUGCCCCGACUGCGGGAAGGGCUACAAGCACAAUUCCACCCUGAUGACCCACCGGCGCAUCCACACCGGAGAGAGGCCGUACAAGUGUUCCCAGUGUGGGAAGAGCUUCUCACAGCGCUCAGCCCUGACUGAGCACCGACGGAGGCACCGCUAAGGGAAGCCCUGCGAGUGCCCCGAUUUCAGGAAGAGCUUCGUGUGCUGCUCCAACUCCAUCCCCCACUGGAGGACCCUUGUUGGGAAGAGCCCUGGUGACCCACAUUUGCUGUGAUCCAUGUUGGGAAGGCACCUAGCUGCUUAUCCUUUUGUUUUGGCCUUCAUUUUCUUCUGAUUCAUUUUCAUCCCUUAAAAACAGCCAAAACAGGGUUAAAAAGAAAGAAACUGAUCAAAGAUAUCUAAAGUCCCACCAUUUCACAGUUGUUUGAGGGGGAAUUUAGGAUUUGGGGAUGUAAUCUGGAGGAUUUGUGGGUUCUGGGAGAAUUUUGGGCAGUGUUUUCCUUCUCUUUGCACUGCAGAAACCAAAAGGGAUCAACCUGUCUCCUCAAAACAACUCAAUCCCACUGAAAACCAUACAGUUGUACCCCAAAAGGGCUCAAUCCCAACUCAGAAUUGCUUGUUCUCUCCUCAAAAAUAUCAAUCCUAUGCCAAACUCACUUGAUUCCACAGCUGCCAUGGGGAGAAGGGGUUGGAAGGAGAUUGGGCUCACUUGAUUCCACAGCUGCCAUGGGGAGAAGGGGUUGGAAGGAGAUUGGGAGAAGUGGGAUCCAAAUUUGGAGCGGUGGAUCGGGAUUGUGUGCAGCUGGGUGGGUGGGAUGUAUUUGAUAGUAAAUAAAUACUUCAGAGUUACUAAUUUCUGUCCUAUUCAUUUUCAGUGAGUUGCAAUUCUGUUUCCAGAGUGCCACCUUCUCAGCUGAUUUUGUUUGGUCCUCCUUUCUCUCCUGCCUCUCUCUUUCUCAGUGCCUCCCUUGAGCCAGGGCAGCUGCCACCAAAGACGCUUCCCUGAUUUAAUUCUCAGUGCAAGAGCUACAACAAUGAUUGAUGAAGUUAUGAAGGC